AUGCCACACGGUUCCCGCAAGAAGAAAUCCCCACCGGCAAGACGUAUCCAAAUUCUUGACACCGAUGGCUGGACACACAUCGCUUCAACCAGGGCAACCACGUCUCGUCCGCGACCUCCAAAGCUCAACGAAGGCCAGAUAACACCCGCAGAAAUCCCAGAUGGACUCACGUUUGAAAAGUUGAAAGAGAAAUAUGACUGGCAUAAGCAACGAUGGGUGGAAUCGGAAAGUUGGGCCGCGAUCGAGCAAGUGCUGAAGCAACAAGUUUCCAGGGACCCAGGAACCAUCUACAACUGUGUUUGCAUUGGCUUAGGAAGCCCAAGCGGUCUUUCACGCGGAGGAUGGGUUGAUCGGAGGAGUAUAUCGAUGUUUCAACUUGCGGCUUUGGAGCUGAUACUGGAAUUUCUUGGUAGGUCUGUCGAAUUGUGCAGUUGGGCCAUUCUAGGGAAGCUGAUGAGUAUCCUCCAAUCUCGGAUUCCGCACGAGGAUAUAGCUCAAAACAAAAUGAUUGAUAUCGAACAUCUCUAUGCUCAAGAUCCAGUCUUUAAUCAUAUGGACAACAAGCUGCUCAGGUCCAUUGGGUUCAAAGUGGUCCAAGACCCUGAAGCGUUUUCUAAGGUCGGCACAAGGACGUUUCUCUAUGCUCCUGGCGCCGAAAAGGUCCAUCUCGCGGAUUUAUUCGCUCGAGAUCCCGUUGUUUUUUUCGGAAACUCCUUUGAUGACAUUCACGCAGUAAACCCAGAUGAAGAUACCCACCGAUCAUUUUCACAAAAAAAAAGUUCACUCCUUCUUCCUGAGUUUGAACCAAACCCAAGUGCCUUUUGGAAGAUGGCAUUGUAUUGGACUACGGAGGAAAAGCGGAGUAACGCGCUCCCUGCCGUCCCUUAG